AUGCUCGCCUCCCUCGUUCUCCUCGCGCUCGCGGCCAUCCAGGCCGUCGCUGCCGCCCCGCACAUUGCCCCCAGGCAUGGCCACCACGACGUCGCUGCUCGCAGCAGCAAUGCCACCGACCUUGCCGCGCGUGACUCGUUCACUGGCCGCACCACCUACUACACCACCACCGACUCGAACCCCAUGACCGCGUGUGGUAUCCUCUACAGCGACAACUACUCCAAGAUUGUGGCGCUGUCCAUGAGCCAGUUCUCCAUGGACCUCUGCAACACCUACAUCACUGUCCAGUACAACGGCAAGACUGUCCAGGCCCAGAUCUGGGACGGCUGCGAGACCUGCUCGUACGGCCAGAUCGACCUGUCGCCCGGUGCCAUGCAAGUCCUUGCCUCGGACUAUGAGACUGUCGGCCAGUUCACCUCGACUUGGUGGUUUGGCUCCAGCGGCGGCGACGACACCUCGUCGUCGUCCUCGUCGUCCAAGGACACCUGGACCUCGACCUCGUCGUCGUCCACCUGGACCCCCGAGCCCAGCACCUCGACUUCGACCUGGACUCCCGAGCCCACCACGUCGUCCACAACCUCGACUACCGAGACCCCUACCAGCACCGUCCAGUCGACCACCGAGGUCAGCACCACGUCCACGCUCGUCCCCACGUCGACCCUGGCCCUGAACAGCACUGUGUCCGCUACGCUGCUCAACGCCACUACCGCUGUGGCCAACGCUACGGCCUCGAUCGCCAACGCGACCGCCCCCGUCUCGGGCAUCACCCUCGUCCUCAACGCUACUGCUACCAUCUCGGCCGCCGACACUGCCAUUACCCAGUCCGUCGCUGCCGACGACAACGGUUCGCUGUCCCACGUCAACGCCCUCGUCGCGGCCCUCGGCCGUCUCGUCGUCAUUGGCGCCUCGUUGUAG